AGGAAAACAUUUUAGUUUAAUGCAUAAUUGCAGUUACCUGUAUGUAGGAUUUAGGUCUACAUUCAUUUUUAUCCUUACAUUAAUUGAAUAUGUGUCUAUUCAUUUUUAAAAAUUGAUCCACACAUACAUCAAAAAAGCCUAUAAAUGUUUAGAGUUUAUUAUCACAAACCAACAAUCAGCAAAACGAUAAAUAAAUCAGUAGAGACAUAUGCAAGAGCAUUGAUUUUGGUACAAGCCUGCAGUCUAAGCUCUUGGAAUUGGUGCAGUUCUGUGCAUUUCUUUGAAUAAAUAUAAAUUACAGCCUAAAUGUUUAUAUCAAAAACAACUUCAAGACUGAAUAUGUAUAACUUUGUUAUAAAACAAAGCAACCCAGACAUUUUACAGUAGAAAAUUUAACUGGUUAGGGUUUUCUGAUGGACAAACUAUGAAAAAGAUUGAGUAUCUGAGGCGUUUCUAACCUGACAUUUGCUGUUACAUUAACCAUAGUUUAUCUGCAAUAAGCUAAUGUUAAUCAUUGAUAUAAUUUUCCUUCCUGCUCUAAUAUGAAUGCACUUUAUUUCCAUAACAUCGAUAAUGCUGUGCUUAGAAGACAACAACAAUCGGCACACUCAUCUACUAACAGUGAUCUUAUUAAUGCACAUUUGCACUGAGCACACAGUUACAUGAGGAGAGUAUAAACACACUGCAGCUCCUCAGAGUAUCUCUCAAAUACACAAAGACCGAUAAGACAGCUGAGAUUUUAACGUAUCUCUGCAGACUUGUGAGGAUAAUUUACCAGUCUGUCUGCAGGAUAAAUUAAUAGUGGCUCUGUCAACUUGGAGACUGAAAAGGUGUGAAUGUGCUUUUGUAUUAGCGAGCUACAGAGGCACUCAAAAUGGGCAGCAGUCAGACUGAAGGGUUUCUACUGUUUGAAGUGUAAUCUGUUAACAGUUCAAAAGUUUAGGGCCACUUAGGAAUGUCCUCAUUUUUGAAAGAAAAUCAGUUUGUUUCAGUGAAGAUAACACUAAAUUAAUCAGAAAUACAGUCUAGACCAGGAGUGUUAAACUCAUCUUAGUUCAGGGGCCACAUUCAACCAAUCAGUCAAAUCACAGCAUAAUAACCUAUAAAUAACACAGCUCCAAAUGUUUGUUUUGUUUUACUGCAAAAAAGUACAUUCUGAAAAAGUUCACAUUUAAGGAAUUAUCUUUUUACAAAACACCAUGAACAACCUGAAAUUUCUUAACAAAAUAACAUAGGUCUGAGCAACAUUAUGCCUCAGUUCAUCAUUUACAGCUUACAGAUCACAGAGUGUCUACAAAGACACAAAACAUUUAGUCACAGCUAUCUGGAACUGAAUGAUACAGUAUUUUACUUUAUGAUCAAAAUGACAAAAGUCAGAGAAAAAGAGACAAAAAACAAAAAAAACAAGACAAAAUUUUACAAAAAGGAGACAAAUGACUCGAAACAAAACAAAAAAAGACACAAAAAAUUAAACAAAACUGUUACAAAACAAUAAAAAUGGACAAAUGACCAAAAUGAGACAAAAAAUUAAACAAAUGACACAAAAAAUGACGAAAGCGAGAAACAACAAAAAAUGACAAACAACACAAGUGAGAGAAAAAAAAACACAAAAUGACAAAAAUGAUACAGAAAACUAAAUAAGCAAAACAUAAAAUAACAAAACAUGAGAGAAACUAUUACAAAAAUGAUAAGCAAUAUGACGAGAAUGAGAAACAAAAUGAAAAACCAUGAGACAUACGAUAAGCCAGAUAAAAAAAGACAAAAAAACACAAAAACAAGACACAAUAUGACAAAAAUGAGAAACAAAAUUACAAAAAUGAGAAAUAAAAUGACAAAACCAUGAGACAAAUGACAAAAAAAUGACAAAAACAGGACAAAAUAUUACAGAAAUGAGACACGAAUGACAAAAAAAAAAAAAAACAGGAGUUUAGUAUUUUUCUUUAUGAUCAAAACAACUUGUCAUGGUCUAGAAAUUAUUUAAAAUUUAUUGUUUUACAAAUUUACAAUCUAGAGUUGAUGUCCUCUCUGUAAUUUUUACACUUUGAAGGCCAGAAAGGAACCUCUGGAGGACCAGUUUGGGCCCGUGGGCCUCAUGUUUGACACCCCUGUCCUGGACUACAGUCUUGGACCAAUCCAGUGUAGACAUUGUUAAAGUGGUAAAUGACUAAACAGCUGAUUUUUAAUGGAAUAUCUCCAUAGGGGUACAGAGGAACAUUUCCAGCAACCAUCACUCCUGUGUUCUAAUGCUACAUUGUGUUAGCUAAUGGUGUUGAAAGGCUCAUUGAUGAUUAGAAAACCCUUGUGCAGUUAUGUUAGCACAUGAAUAAAAGUGUGAGUUUUAAUGGAAAACAUGAGAUUGUCUGGGUGACCCCAAACGUUUGAACAGUAGUCUAGGUAUUAAUGAAGUUAUCUUUUCUUUUAAUCUAAUUAAAAUACCUAAUUUCUAUACGAUACAAAAGAGAAAGAUUCAAGAGCUUCAUUGUCAUAACACAGCAGAAACACAGUUAUCCUGAGUAAUGAGAUUCUUAUUUUGUGAGAUCCUUUAACACUACUGAAAUCUUCUUCUUUUCCUUUCGGCGUUUCCCUUCAGGCGUCGCCACAGCGAAUCAAUUGCCUCCAUCUAACCCUGUCUGCUGCAUCCUCUUCUCUCACACUUUCACACUACUGAAAUAACAAAUAAAAUUUAAAAAACAGAAUAAAAGGAAAAUAAAAAAAGACAAAAAUAGUUAAAUAUAAAUUCUAUGUGCAAAUGUUGGCAUCUUGUGCAUUAUUGUCAUGUGUAAAAAGGCAGCAGAUAUGUGCAAAUUAUUGCUAUUGAUAGAUAUUGCUGGUGAGUCGGUGGUUUGGUAGCAGAUGGUCUGUGGAUAGAAACAGUUUCUAGUCUGGUGGUCUUUCCUUUCACACUCAUGCAUCAUCUGCCAGACAGCAGAAGUGUAAACAGUGGCAAAACUGCAACAUUACUGCACUUGUAAUUCUAAGUUUAUACAUUUCUUCAUUGGUUGUGACCCAUCUCGAGUCCACUUCCUGGUCCAGCUCUCAGAAACUUCAGGAACUUCAACACCUUCAUUUGAGCAGAGCAGUCUGGUCUGUGCACGCAGGCAUUAUCUAAUUAGACAAAUCAGACGAAGCCACCUCUGAACUGUGAAUGUCUGAACCAACAAACACGUCCCUCCUGAACAAUGCUGCAGGUGUCGACGACGUUCAGACAUCACUAAGUGCUCAUGUGAAGCGACACAAGGACUGGCGAGAAAACUCCUCAAGUCAACAAGAACAUUACUAAACUCACUGGUGCUCUACGGUCGGUUUAUGCGAUGGAGUCAUUUUCCGGAGCAUGAAGUCACUAAAUGCUGGCGAUAUUUCCACACAGUCAACACCCAGUGAGAGCUGUGACCCAUAAAUCCUGUGAGCGUCACAGAGAGUCUGAAAAUCAUUAGAUUUGCUGUACAUAUUGCAGCGAUGAAGUCAAUUCACAACCAAAGACUGUUUAUUGUACAAAAUAUAAUACAUAAAAGCUAAUUCCUGCAAACCAUGGAGACAAAUGAGUCUGUCUGGGUUAAAGUUAGGCUAGCUGACCUCACAGAGUUGACCCCUGAAUGAGAUGAAGGUGAGCCAUUCAUCAGUAACAAGUGCCCACUUCUGAACUGAGCUUUGUGUAUUGAGAUUGACUUUGAUGUCACUUAGAGAGGACAGGAAGUGUAAAUGAUGCAAAUCAGAGCGUGGAGAACAAGCCGCAGAAGACUUUUUAGGUUUUUAUUUCUUUGAAGUUAAUGACUAUUUUUGAUAGCUGGUUCAUUUUAAAAUCAUUUUCCCUUUCUUACAGUAGUGCUUACUGGGCUGAUGAUUGGGAAAACUAGCAUUUUGAUGACACUAAUUCACUCAUUUCAGCAAUUUUAACCACUGACCAAAAUGAUUCUGACUCAUACAUUCACUUUCUGUGUGUUUCUUAACAGCUAAAUCCACACAGAGUGCAGUAAACAGAGCACGUCUUAAUCAAACACAUAUUUAGCAUGACUAUUCUGCCAUCAAAUCUUCUUGAGACACAUUUUCAAGGUACUUGGCUGGCAGGUUGAUCCAAACAUCUAGUAGGAUUUAUGUGACUGUUGAGAUGUGGAGGUCAUAAUAAAUCUGAAUAAAGUGUGUUGCAGGACUAUUUUUUUUUCUCAUGACUGAAUGUUUGAGGUUGCUUCAGGGUAAUUAUGAUCUUAUGGAAACCUGCUGUGCACAUUUGAUAAAGCCUGGAUUGAUUUCUUCUCAUUUUAGAAUGAAUGAAUUUAUGAUAAAAAUGCUCUAAAUCAGCAGAUAUUCCUGUCGUCCCUCAGCAGUACACUAAAGCCCUUUGAACCUCCGACCUGUUGGGGAAACUUCCGCUCAGGCAGCUUCCGACGUCUCUCUUUGAAGGCUACUUGUCCAUUAUUUCUUCAUCCGUGCCAACGCGGGUAAAUGUUUUCUCUGCCGAUGUGUAUUGCGUAUGCAGAUUCCAUUAAAAAUUCCUUUAAACAGACCUGCGGCCGCUCCAGGUGCGACGACUUCACACCUCCGGCGGCCUGCAGACGUCUGCAGUGGCUGCAGUGCCAGUCGGAGCUGAUGGUCGGCCCAUUCACACAUCCACACCGCGGCACCUUUGAUCGCCGGAGGGUUUAAAUCCAGCGAGCCUCAGAAUCCAGCCAGUCCGCGGAGACAAUAGAGGCAUCAUGUCUGCAGCUCAUGGGGAUCUGAACCACAACCAGAUGUAUCACGACGGGCAUCUGCAGAUGAACAGUUUGGUGAAUUCAGAUUAUGGAGCCUCAGGUGUGACAGACUUCUUUAACUCAGCAAACUCUGUUCCGAGUGCGGAUAAAUGCGUGGAAAUACUGACCCACAGGAGAAAGAGGACCAACUUUACGCUGCAGCAAAUCGAGUUUUUGGAGAAAGUUUAUUCAGGCACCAAAUAUCCUGACAUCUGCCUCCGGGAGAGACUGGAGGUUCUGACUGGACUACCAGAGUCCAGAAUCCAGGUGUGGUUUCAGAACAGAAGGGCAAAGUCUCGACGCGAGGUUAAGUCAUCAGCGUCCAAGGCGAACAACGCACCAACAGCUGGACCUUUUGGACAAAUCCAGAGCAGGAUGGGCCAUGACAAAGUUUUUGACAACAGCCAUGGUACUGAGGCACACAGGACAGGACGUUUUGGACUGGGGGACACUUUCAGGCCUUUGCUGCACCCAAACACAGAACACACCCACAGGACGGGUCAUCACAUCAGACCCAGCAGCUACAACUACCCUUCCUCCUCCUCCUGCAUCUACCAGGACGGAGUGAAGCCGGAGCAGAUGCAGCGACACAGGCCGAGCAUGAAUGCCCACCUCUAUCCCAGAGAGCAGAACCCAAAGGUGGAGGCCAACGCGACCAGGAGCCAGGAUGCAAAGGUCCUGGUGGAGUUCGAGAACUUCCCACCAAACAAAACCAUCGGACCCGAGAUGAAAGUGGUGAUUCCUCCCAUCCCAGUGCAGAACAACUUCAGCAGGUCGUCACAGAAGGACACCGGAUGCCAAAUGCAGUAUCCACAGGCGAGGGCUGCAGGGGAGAGCUUCAACCCCUUCUCCCCGAUCAACACCUCCAACAUUCAGCACUUCACCGACUCCGACUCCGACUGGGAUAAGGAGAUCAUGGCUGGGUUUGGUGACUUCAUUUGAAAGAUCCAAUUUAAAGAAUGUAUAAUAAGACAUUGUGUAUUUAUUGAAAACUUUAAUCCUUGUGUUGUCCUGUGGGUCAAAACUGACUCGUUUUGAAGUUUGAAAAUGUGGAAAUAAAAUAUAUUCUCACU